AUGGCAAGAGAGGGCGCGACGACGACGCGCCUGAAAAACAUCGAAACCGAAUUGCGCAACAUGGCAACAUGUACCGCCGCGACCGUCGCGGAGCUUCAAGAACUACUCAAGCUGUCUGGAGACGCGGCGCAGUCGCAAAAAGAGAACAUCCGCAGCAGGAGCGCAAGAGCACCCAGCGCCCAGUCGACAGCUCGCAGACGGCCUGGGACAGCUGCUUCUGCGAGGACGGAGCCUGGCGCAGAUGCAGCCGCGCUUCUGACUCCCCGCCAGCGAUACGUGCUUGCCACCCAGACGGUCAACGCGACCCUCAAGUCUCUCGCCGACGCGCUCAAAACGCCCGCGACGCCACAGAGGCCUAGAACCCCCACAGCUUCGGCGAAGGUUGCACACACGUCCCAAGCCAAAAGCACCGCGACAUCGCAGCGUCCGCUCAAAGAACGCUCCGUCAGCCAGAUCACGAACUCGCCCACGAAGCCGACGCCGUUGCGCCGCUCCUCGUCCUACUCGACCUUCACGAGCCCCGACUCGGGCUUGGUUGCGACUGCCGAGUGCGCCAGACUUGCAUUCGCAUACCUGAAUACAUCAGAAGGGAUCCAGUUUGUGGGCAAGGACUCCCCUGAGCUGGCUCUGGAAAAUGGACGGCUGUCGCUAAUUGGAAAGCUGGUGACUCAUGGCUUGGAUAGCCUUGCCGUCAAGGAGAUGCGCUUGUUGAAGAAGAGGCUGGAUGCAUGUACUCGCAGAGCGAAUGCCACAGAGGAUGCUCGACCUGCAUCUAGUCGGUCCACAUCACAGCAGGCGCCAUCAUCGGAAAAGGAGAGCUUAGCAGCUCUCCUAGACUUCGGCGAUGUCCAUCACAGCAGCGCCGCCAUACCCAUCAUCAUCAACCUGCAGAUUUACGUGCUGCGUGUGCUUGGAAGAACAAAACGUCCACGCCUUGUAGAAACGGCAUGGAGCUAUCUCAAGCUGUCCCAUCCUUCCAACCCCACCAACCUCAUCUUGCACACUGCAAAGGAGAAGGCCCAUCAAGCUAAAGCAGCGCGCCAACUGGAAUCACUCGCUCAGACUAUCCUUCAACUUUGUCCAAGCAUCUCUAUGUCCGCCGAUCAAGACCUGCCACAACCGUCUCCAGAUAUCGUCCUGUGCCUGCAACAUCUCGCGUUCGGGAUACGGCAGAGAUGGUGGACUCUAGCCCAACACAAAGGCAGCAAGGAUAAGGAGCUCGUUGAACCCUUUGCAAAAUGUCUCGUGGCGUUUGCAAGGCGAUCGACCUUGCCUGCCGUAAAGAAGUACAAGGUAGCCGAGUCCUUGUAUUCGAACUUGUUGGGCACGGGAAAUAGUACCGACUUUUCCCAAAGGAAUGGGAAGAGUCUGGCUGGAGCUAAGAAUCACACCCUCGUCUCACUCGCACGCGCUGCAGAUCUUCCCGACGAAGCCCUUCGUUGGUUGGGUGAUUCCUCCUCUUCUACAGCCACACAAACUGGGCCCACAGCUGCGGUUCGAUCGGUCCGCAUCGCCACUGUAUCUCUAGAAGCUUAUAUAAGAGAUCCCUCACGAACUGAUCAGGACGCCACUAUCAACGCUGCUCUCGAAAGCCUCUCUGGUAGCUUGGAUGGGACUGUCCGGGAUCUGGAGACGCUGCUGAUAGAAGUUCAUGCAUUACGACGGGUGGCGACCCGUAUCAUUUCAACUGCGUCUUCACCAGACAAGACAGACUGGUCGGUGACACUUUGUGGGCACUGUAUACGCAUCAUUGCAGCAAGCAUUCCUUUUUCUAGACGAUUCAUCGGAAGCCGACCUCCUGAUGAUGCCUCGCCUAGACAAAUAACCGCAUACCAAGCGCGUUUUGCGCUGGUUACGAAGCUUGCGAGGAGCACUGUCGAUUCCGUGUCAGUCUGUUGCAGACUCCCACUUUCAUCAGAGGCCACCUGGGAAGAGCUCGAUAAAUUGAUCCAGGACUGCAUACGCCUCAUAUCACAGCUCGAGGGAGAGCCCGCAGGUAACGACGAUGCGAGUCUCGCGUCUCAAGAAGGAGCAAAGUCGGUCUUUGUCAAAUUCUCCAAUCUGUAUUCGGCUUUCCGUCGACCUCUACAAAAACUAAAAUGCGAUUCGUCUGCACUCAAAACUAUGCAAAGGUCUACUACGCUUCUCUAUUCACGGCCUCAAGCCGAAAAAGAAGCCGGACAGCUCACCUCGAAGCUAGAAAGACUAGGCGAAGAGCUACACGCGCUUGAUCGUUUCCAGGAGUCCCGUCAGGCGUACACACAGUGUCUUCAGACAUCACUUGAUGGGGGCUUAUGUCAAGAGAUUGUCAAGGCGACUUCAAAGCACCAUGUCGUGCAUGUCUUUAGGCAAGACUCUCUAAUUGGUGAUCUAGGAAGAGUCCUGCGGUUGUAUCAUCGCUCCUUCACGAAGUUUGGUCUGGGCAAAUCCCAGGAGCUCGCUUUCUUCGACGACGCCAAUUGCCCUGCUGCUGCGCGCGGAGCACUCCUGGAAUGGCAGCUAGAAACAUACCAACAAACGCUAUCUAGAAACCGCUCUUGGGAUGCUGCCCUCAACUCGUCGCUACAAGCCAUAACAGACCGCCUUCUGAGCAUAUACACACCUCACCAAUUUCCGCUGAGACGAAAGAGGCUGCACCUACUACUUCUGCAGCUAUCGCAGAUGUAUCCGAACAUCAUAUCGAACGCCUAUUUUUCGGACGAUUAUCAGUGGGAAAGCGACGGUGACAUUUAUCAAACAGAGGAUGGGGGUUUGGCACGAUUCGGAGAUCACCUAAGGUCUAUGAUCCUUCUCAAAACCUUAUUGCACCGAGGAGACCUGUCGCUUCAGCAGCUUCGCGACUGCUUUAGUACCUGGCAGAAUAUGUUGGAUGCCACCAAAUCGUGGGAUGAGGUGGAGGAUCGAGUUGAUAAUACUCAAAACUGGCUCGAGGCGAUACAAGCAAGUGCGGACUUUCUCUGCGCUAAGGGCGAAGAAUAUGAAGCGCUCCCAGUUAUCCACCUCCUUGUUCGGGUUCUGGAGCUUCGAAAGGGCACAGAUCAAUCACAACUAAUCUUAGCUCUGAAUACACUGGGCUUGCAAUUCUUGAGACUGGGCUAUUCUGGCAAAGCAGGGCUGGCUUUCGCUAAAGCUGAGUUUUUGUUGAAUGCAACCGCAUCGAUUGAAGCAAAGCUGCGGUGGCACAUAGGCUACGCUGAGUACCUCUUGGGUACUGGCAACACUUCGAAAUGCGAAACCAUACUCUGCGCCGCCGAGACACUUGCUGGAAAGGAUCCUACCUUUAUCGACCUAUCGAAGCCAUCCGCAACCCAUUCCAUGCGCAUGACGUUCAACAAUAUUGUAGCAGAAGCCUGCUAUGUUUCAUCUCUGCUCUGUGCAAGCAAGGGAGACUACAAGAACGCGGCGAGACACGCUCGACAGGCAGUCUUGGUCAAUCGACGUAUCUGGGCUGCGCGAGAGGGCCACGUCAAUACUCGCAAAGCUGUCUCAGCAGAAGGACCGACAGGUGCACCUUUCGACCCUCUAAGCUCCAUUCGCGAUGAGAAAGGCACAUCGAUUACCAGUUCUAUCACCCACGAGGCGCUCAAAGGACCGGAGUUCUGGUCGCUGGUGCCGUCGCUAUAUAGGGCCUUGAUACAGCAUUCAAUCGUCAUAGCAAGCCAAGGCAUGCUCGAAGAGGCUGUCUACGUACUCCAACAAGCAGAAAAAGUGGCUUCCGCCAUUGGUUCCCGCACUUUGCUUGUGGAUCAUGCCAGCCGUCUCGCUGAUUUAUGGAUCCAGAGUGGCAGACCCGAUAAAGCACAGCCUUUGUUCGACGGACUAGAUAUAUCUCAGUCCUCAAAGCACUUGAGCACUGUUUCGUAUCAUCUGUCCCUUGCGAGAAUGCAUCACGUAAGCCAACGGUUCGACGAAGAGAUGGCCGAAUACGAUACCUUGGAAAAACUACUAACGUACUUAUCUUCGCCCUCAUACAUCAGUUCCAGGACUAGCUUUACUUCCAGUCUGGAUGCUUUGACCAAAAAUGUAUCUGCCCUCACUCUGGAAGAGUCAACGCCAGCGUUGGUUCAAACGACACGAACUGUGAGAACUCGAACAACGACUGUCAAAAAUCCUGAAAAGACAACUAUUCGCAAGACUGUAACGAAGACGACCAUGACCCGCACGACUCGUAAAGCUCCCCUCAAAACCGCACCCACAGCAGCUUCGAAAAUUUCGACUAAGGCUGCCACUUUGCCUGAUAAUGGGAAACAAAGUGCUACUGAGCACUGUGCGUCACUCGAUGCGAUUCAAGCCGACAUUUUGUACAGACGUGUUGCCACAUAUCUCCUGCAAGAAGACGUUGCGAAAGCCAUGGACGUUUUGAGUAGAGUUGAGAUGUCAGAACAAGACCGGGAAGGGUCUCAUGCUUGGGUACGCUUCAAGGCAAUGCUAGCACAGGCUAUCACGAGCAUAUCCAACGAUUUCACCUUCAACACUUUACCCGAAUCUACGAUUGCGUUCCCUUCCAUCCCGCCAAAGGACCGUCGAUCGUCUGAAGGAAUCGCUGCCAAGCGCCCAGCUGUCAAGCCUAGCACGAAACUCGCACGUGGGAAAAAGCAAGGUGGAGAUGACUUCGUUGAACUGAUCGAGAACGCUCGCGAAAAGUUGGUCGAGGCACACGCUCAGCACGCUACUGCUGCCAGUAAUCACGUAUUCCGACAGCUCUGCGCAGCUUUGAGCCAUGCUACGAUUCUCCUUUCCGCUGUAUCUCAAGGUCGCAUACGCGGGUCUAUUCACCCGCUGUAUUCUGCAUACAUGAGUGAAAUCCCCAAGCACCAUGCUUUGGCACUUGCUCAGGACUCAGUGGAGGUUGACCAAGAAGUCAUGUCACGAGAAGUGUGUUUACAAUGGCCGAAGCUCACUGGAAAACAGCGAUUUAUCGCAUCACCAACCGACUUUCAACAUGACUACAUCGACAUUAUACCCGAGACAUGGUGUGUUGUAUCGUUAGCGCUGAGCGAAGAACAAGACGAGCUGUACAUCACUCGUUACCAAAGGAACACGUCUCCCUUUGUCCUGCGACUACCGUUGGCUCGUCAUUCUUCCCGCGACCUGGAUGAGGAGGAGUUUACUUUCGCGGACGGCAAACGAGAGCUUGAAGAGAUCAUUGAGCUCAGCGACUUUACGACGCGAAAUGCUAAGGAUCUGACUUCAAGAGAAGGCAGAAGACAAUGGUGGGAAGACCGUGAAGCACUAGAUGUCAAACUCCGCGAGCUGCUGCUCAACAUCGAGAAAAUCUGGCUUGGUGGCUUCCGGGGCAUCUUUUCGGAUCACGUUCAUCAACCGGGCCUCUUAGCUCGCUUCCGCAAAUCCUUUGACAAUAUCCUGGAUCGCCACUUACCUUCGAGACAGAAGAGGGGGCAGCAAAAGAGACCGAGCCUUGACCCAAGAGUACUGGAGUUGUUCAUCGGCCUAGGUGACGCUUCCAAUCCAGACCUCGAUCUCGACGAAGCACUCACAGACCUCAUUUACUUCGUUGUUGACAUCCUCCAAUUCAACGGCGAGCCGAACGCUUACGAUGAGAUUGAUUUUGACUCUAUGGUCAUUGAAACGCACGAAGCUUUGCGCGCUUACUAUGACAGUGCAACAAAGGUGUCACCGGUAUCUGCCCACACCAUCCUCAUAUUGGACAAAGAUCUGCAUAUGCUUCCCUGGGAAUCGGUCCCAUGUCUCGAGAAGCUCUCAAUAUCUCGACUUCCUUCGCUGGCCGCGUUGCGAGAACGCUUGCUCGCAGCCAGAUUGCCAACCGCGACCCAGAAUGCACCCAUUGGGCACUACAUUUCCGCCGAUGCAGGCGGUACAAGCAUGCUCAAUCCUUCGGGGGAUUUGGGUCACACAUCCAAGACAAUUAAGCCUCAUUUGGACAGUAUGCAAGGUACCUGGACGCACAUCGCCAACCGACCGCCUUUAGAGAAGGAAUUCGAAGAUUGCUUGAGGAACGACCAGCUGGUACUGUUCUUUGGACAUGGCAGUGGAGCGCAGUACAUACGUUCGAAGGCUGUGCGACGACUGUAUCUGAAUGGGAAAACGCAGUCAGAACCAGAGAAGAAGAAGUCCGGUUGCGCAACUACGUUCCUUUUUGGCUGCUCGAGCGUUCAUCUGUCAGACAACGGGAUAUAUGAGCCUUCUGGCAUGCUCUCAAGCUACCUUACUGCGGGAGCGCCGGCAGUGUUGGGCAUGCUCUGGGACGUCACGGACAAAGACUGCGAUCGUCUCGCUGUCAGAGCUGGCGAGCUGUGGGGACUGUGGCCAGAGCCAGACCCCGAGGAUGAAGUUGUUGUUGAGCCGCCACCUACGGUUAAGAAGAAGAAAGGAAAGAGCAGGGCCGCGCAGCUCGUUGAGGAGAUGGACACCCCGAGGGUAGCGAACAAGUCGCGAAAGGGUAACGCCCGCGAGGAUGCAAGCGUUAGGGUAGAAAGAAGACGAGGCAUUGGUUUGGAUGAAGCAGUCAGAGAUGCAAGGAAAGCAUGUGUGUUGAGGUAUUUGAACGGGGCUGCUGCUGUUGUCUACGGGAUACCCGUGUAUUUGGAGUAA